GCCGCGGCAGAGACAGAGAAGCCCUAUUAUUUCCGCCGACCGCAGUCCCUUCUUUUGGCAUCUUCUCUUCCAAUUUCCGCGACUCCUUCCGGUCCUGAACAACCGAUUUAUCGAUUUGUUACAGAUCUAGCCAGCAAUUUCUGUUGCUUCAAACUAAUGGAAAGCUGCGCAAAACUGCUCACCAUCUUCUCUUUUGACAUGGAAAGAAGAGAGUUGGAGGUAAGGCUAUGGCGGUGUUUACUUCUAGUUGUCUGUGUCUUGGAAUUCACGAUGGUCAUGGAUAUAUUUGGAUGGACAUUGGACGUGCUAUUAUUCGUUGGAGCCAAUAUAGAAAUCUGGAAGUGUAUAGUGACCCACGGAUUUUGUGUUUCUGAUCUUGCGGAGGAAAAGUAUACAUUGAUGGGAAGGGAUUUUAAGUGCGCAUUGGAGCUUUUCUUUGGUGGCUUAGCUAUGGCAGUAAGCUAUAUAUUACCAUAUAACAUUGAACACGCUGCUGUAUUGGCUUGUUGGAGCUUGCAACUCUAUGGAUGGAGCCGGCUAUCAGGUUAUUAUGACUUGGGUGCUUGGGAAGUGUUUGUGACAGUACCAAUGCAGGCCUUUAUGUAUUGCUUUUUUGCGGGAAUGAUGAACAAGGAGAUGAGCAACAAUAAUCGUCUUUUGCUCUCUGCUAUGGCACUUGGCUUCUGGGGCAGUCUUUCUAUUUACCGUUUCCGCACCUAUACCCCUCCUCCUCCUCAAAUCCCAGAAGAAUAUGAUGUGCUACCUGAUGGUUAACCCCUCCACCCUAUUCACAUCGUCACUGCUCGUCUUCAACAACUCUUAUGGUUGUUGAAAUUUACACUACCUCUGUUACAAAUAAUUGAGGAAGGAUCUUUCCUUUUCAAUUAAUCAUACUUGUAUUUGAUUAUUUGAUUAAUGAUGUUAGGCAUUGGUUGGUGCUCCCUCCUCCCAAAUAUUGGC